AUGAGCUCCCAGGCGUACUAUGAGCUCUACCGCGGUAGCAGUCUCGGGCUCUCGCUCACCGACACGCUCGAUGAUCUGAUCAACGAGGGUCGGAUCGAGCCACAGCUGGCUAUGAAGAUCCUCUCCAACUAUGACCGCGUUAUCACGGAGGUUCUCGCGGACAAGGUUCGCGCUAGGCUGACUUUCAAGGGCCACCUUGACACCUACCGGUUCUGUGACGAUGUCUGGACCUUCCUGAUCAAGGACGUCACUUUCAAGCUGGAUAACCAGUCGACUGUCCAGGCGGACAGAAUAAAGAUUGAUGAUGAGGAUGGUUUCGUUUGGAGUAGGCUCGUAGUUGUCGGUCAGGCAGCACUGAGCCGGUUUGGGAAACUUGAUGUUGGCGUCCGCAACCGCGGCCGUGACCGCGUUUCGUACCACUCGCCGAGCACGGAGAAACUACCUAUUCUUCCCCCGAGUAAUGAAGGUCAUCGUUUGAUUCCAUGUUCCAACAGGCCUUCGAGCGGCCUUGUCGACAUGCCACGUUCGUUGCCAUGGCUCGUUGGCGGAACAAAUGACACGAAGCAGUCGGCCCCGCGCGCACGUCGCGUCAGUCGGGAUGCCACUCCAAGUGGCAGUGAUACUGCCAGGAAGGGGAGGUCUCCUGUCAGAGAUACGCCUGGGAAGACCGACUUUCUGAGAUCCUCUCGAAGCCCGUCCAGUUCCCCAAUCCGACAGCCUCCGACGGAAGAGUUUCUCAGGGAAGGAUUCGACAACGAUGACAUGUACAUCAUGGUCGAGGACGAGUUCUACGCCGUCGCGCAGACAUUCACGCAACACCUACAUCACGCGGAGUAUGUGCGGCGGAAGAAGGAGGCAAAACUCAAAAAUGCGACGGCCAUCCAAGAUCUGGAACGACCGACGGACGGCAAGACGAUGAUGAGGAAGGAGACCCAAAGGCAGAAGGAAUCCGAGGCGCUGGCUUCCCGCCAGAGAAAGGGCCUUGACGAAAUAAGAGGCAAGCGGCCGCGGGUCGAUUCGGAAGAGGAGGACAGCGAUCUCGAGGAGGAUCGCGACGAUGAUCCUUGGGUUGGCACGUCUUUGCACACCCUCAUGACCAGCCCGAGAAAGUCUAGGUCGUUGCUUGGGCUUCAGGGGAUCAAGUCUAGCACUAGAGCUGCAGCUGGAUACGGGCAGGCAUCUGGACCGAAUCGAAGAGAUGAUAGGCGCCAGCCAUCGCCUGAACCACGCCGACAACAAGAGUCGCACACUGUCAACGUCGACGAGACAGCUUCGGAGGAUGAUGAUGACCUCGAAAUCACCAAAGUCACCACUUCGAAAGCUACUCCAAUCCAUAAGGUCCAUUCAAAAGAACAAGCACCAGUGAAGAGAGAGAUUUCGACUACACCUACAAAGGAGGAAAAGCCUGAUGUUGGAAAGGGCAAGGGUUACUAUUCCGAGAAGAAAGCGGCGACAAGUUCCAACCGCACUACAUACAGUACUGCGGCUAGUAGCUCGAAGGUGAAUAGCAGGAAGAAAAUGCUUCUUGAAGAUUUGGACGAUUUUCCCGAGACAAAUGAGAAGAAACCCAAUGGUAGAAUACAGGACCAGCCUCGAAGGUCAUCAUCUGCGGCGCCUUCCCCGAGUCGACCUCAAGAGAAGGACUCCAAGAAAUCUCGUUUCAGUGAAGUGCCAACGUUUCUGGUGUGA